GGGCUGUUCCACAAGGAGCAAGUUCUGGCGGAACACAGAACAUCUCCACUUCAACGCAUCUUCCGCGUCGCUGAGAUGAACUCACCACCACUUUCAUCAUGGCUACGGUAGUGCUUAUCGGUACCUGCGAUACGAAGCUGGAAGAACUGCUCUUCCUUCGCGAGGCGAUUCAGCGAGCUGCUCCGGACGUGAACGUAAAACUCAUCGACGUCGGACGAAGCGGAACGGAGCAUGAUGAUAUCGACAUAACGCAGAAGGAGUUACUGGAGAAGUACGGCGAAGGGAACAAGGUUAGCGAGUUACCUCGAGGCGAGGUUAUUCAGACGAUGGCGGACUGCGCAACUAAAGCUGUGAAAGCGCUCUUGGAGCAAGGCUCCAUUCAUGGCGCCAUUGCAGCUGGAGGGUCGGGAGGGACCUCGCUGGCAUCGGCCGUGAUGAGGAACGCCCUUCCGAUUGGAUUUCCUAAAAUGAUUGUUUCCACGGUUGCCAGCGGAGAUACCGGGCCCAUCGUCGAAGAGACGGACAUCACCCUCAUGUACUCCGUCGUAGACGUCGCUGGCCUGAACCAAGUACUGCGAAAUGUGCUGAGUAAUGCGGGUGCAGCGAUCGCGGGGAUGGCAAAGUCGUAUGCGUCGAGAGAGAGUACCCCUCCUUCGUCCGCAAAGAAAAGAGUCGGAAUAACAAUGUUUGGAGUAACAACGCCCGGCGUGGAUGCCAUUCGGAAGCACCUCGAAUCGAAGUACGAUAUCGAAACCUACGUUUUCCAUGCGACAGGCCACGGAGGGAAGGCUAUGGAGCGCCUGAUCCGUGAAGGCGGCCUGGAUGCCGUUCUAGAUCUCACUACGACCGAGAUCUGUGACUUCCUCACCGGGGGCGUCAUGAGUGCAGGGCCGAGUCGACUUGAGGCUGCUGCCGAAGCUGGCAUACCUAAUGUGAUAUCAGUGGGAGCUACCGAUAUGACGAACUUCGGACCGAAGAGCACCGUGCCUGAGCGCUACAAGAACCGCAAGCUGUACGAGCAUACGUAUAUGGUGACCCUGAUGAGGACGUCCCUAGAGGAGGCUCGACGGGUCGGAGAUUUCCUUACCACCAAGUUGAAGGAGCGUGCCAAGCGCCCGGACAUGGUGGAGGUGUGGUUGCCUAUGGGAGGCAUCAGUAUGAUAUCGACUCCGGAAGGGCCCUUUGCAGAUGCAGAAGCAGACGCAGCCCUCUUCCAGACAGUGGAGGAUGGUCUCGCGGGAAGUGGCAUCAAAGUGGUCCAAGACAAACGCGCUAUUAAUGACCCGGAGUUCGCUCAUGACAUCGCGGAGGCGUUGGUGGCUAAGAUGGGGCUAGGUGGGACGACGCAGCACCAAUGAGGCCCUCAAAAUGUGCGACGAUGCUGGGGCUGGAGGGUUUCAGACGGUAACGUGGGCCUAGACAAUAGUUCCUUUCUACCCCGAGUACAGCCUCGCUUGGCUGCCAGCACUACGCCGUGAAUUCCUUCGGGGCGUACACCAGCAUCGUGAAACGCCUGGCGAAGGAAACGGGCAGCGUUGACUGGUCUCUUAAGCAUAAUAAGGCCUACCUACGUGCUGUACCCCUUUGCCGCAGAGGCGAA